AUGGCGCUCCCUGAGCCGACGCUUCCGCCCCCUUCCAUUCGCUGUACUUGUACCAAGACUCACUGUCUGAAACUAUAUUGCGAAUGCCUCAAGGCGGGCCGGACAUGUACCGACCUUUGUGCCUGCGUAGAUUGUCUUAAUCGUGCGAAAUUUCCCGAGCGAAAAAAGGCGUUAAAACAUAUCAAAAAGACCAACCCGAAGGCUUUUCUACGAGUUUCCAACCUAAAGGGCCAUGAGGAUUCUCGGUGCUGUGCCUGCCAGAAAAGUCUGUGUAACAAGAAGUACUGUUCGUGUUACCAGUCUGGCAGAUAUUGUACACCCAAGUGUAAAUGUGUCGAUUGCAAAAAUCGAUCAAGUGACAUUUUUGUAUAA